UCUCGUCGUGUUGCACAGAGGGACAAUAAUACGGAAGCAGGAAUCAGCUGACGCCGUUCUUCGCGCUGUUGGCUUCUGAGAGGAGAAACAAGCUUUGGUCAUGGAUGACCAAGAGAUGCAACUGAAAGUUAGGAGAGUGAGUGACAAAUUCACGGAGAGUAUGUACGUCCUGGCUAACGAGCCAUCAGUGGCUCUGUACAGGCUGCAGGAGCACGUCAGGAGGUCCCUGCCUGAGCUGGUGCAGCACAAGACAGACAUGCAGAGCUGGGAGGAACAGAGUCAGGGAGCCAUCUACACGGUAGAGUAUGCAUGCAGUGCCGUGAAAAGUAUGACAAACAGCAGUGUGUAUUUCAAGAACAUUGACGCCCUUCUUCGACAAGCCAUCACCAUGAAGGAGCAGAUCAGUAACCAUAAUGGACGCAGACAAAAUGAUGCGACCUCAUCUCCUGCUCCCUCCCUACCUGCUCCACAAAACUCACCUGCUUCCUCAUGAACAUUGGGCACAUGUGUCCAAGGAAACGGACCAUAGACCCAGGAAUGUUGAAGGAAGGGGCAGAAAGGCACAACUCUGGGAUGUAAAAAGACCUCCUGAGUUGGCCUCCACUACCAUUGGACUGUGGCUGAAGUGGGGUCAAGGGGAGACAACCAACCAUCACAAUGAAGUGACCCCUCCACCACCCUACUGCUAAAGUAACUCGCCACUCUGCGGAGCGGGGUGCACCAGCACCGCCAGGUUCAGCAUUAGAAACACUUAAGUCAUGGCUGCUCAAAGAAUGCAUUGUUCUCUGGAACUGGACGGCCGGAUUAGAGGAAAAGCAGCGGCGCUGGUAUGCCUCUGCUGCUGAAAACACAACUAACACAACAUUGCUGUGGAUGCUUUUUGUGGCUUUCUAGCUACAGAGAGGCGUCAAUGAAGUGUCAAAUGUAAGAAUAAACGCUUUGGUAGUAAGGCAAAAUGUGAAAGUGUACUGUUUUGUUUUCUGUCUGUCGUUCCUACCUGCCAAAUAGACAGACACCCCCAGGCAGAAUAGUCCAAUCGCCACAUGUCGUACAGCUCUGCUGUCCAGAAGGAACCAGUCUGCUCUGUUGAAAGAGAUCCCAUGUCAGCACCUCCACAAUAUAUUUGCACUUUCAAGUUGAUGCUUCACUUUUUGAAAUCAGUGUAUUGGUUAAUAAAAAUAGAACAAUA